CUGGUCUGACUGGCUAUUGCCAAAUGGCUUUGCUGGCGGCAAAGUUGAGCCUGAGGAGCUGGAGGGGCGAUGUGUAGCGACUUUCUCAAAGCCGAAUCCGGGACGGAGCUCCUUGCCCGACUUGAAGGAAGGAGCUCCUUGAAAGAACUCGAACCCAACCUGUUCGCUGAUGAAGACUCACCAGUGCAUGGUGAUAUUCUCGAAUUUCAUGGUCCAGAAGGAACGGGAAAAACGGAAAUGCUUUAUCACUUAACAGCCCGGUGUAUACUUCCAAAAUCAGAGGGCGGACUGCAAAUAGAGGUCUUAUUUAUCGAUACAGACUACCACUUCGACAUGCUCCGCCUCGUGACGGUUCUGGAGCACAGGCUGUCGCGGAGCUCGGAGGAAGCCAUCAAGCUCUGCCUGGGAAGGCUCUUCCUGGCCUACUGCAGCAGCAGCAUGCAGUUACUGCUCACGCUGCACUCGCUGGAGGCGCUCUUCUGUGGCCACCCCUCCCUCUGCCUCCUCAUAGUGGAUAGCCUGUCGGCUUUCUACUGGACAGACCGCGCCAGUGGAGGAGAAAGCGUGGCCCUGCAGGAAUCUACUCUGAAGAAGUGUUCUCAGCUCCUAGAGAGACUCGUCACUCAGUACCGCUUGCUGCUUGUCGCCACAACGCAAAGUCUAAUGCAGAAAGCCUCGGACCCGGCACAGGGGCCCUCUUCCUCCAAGCUUCCAGGCGACGGGGCCCUGGACUACAGAGCCUAUCUCUGCAAGGCCUGGCAGAAGGCGGUGAAGCACAGAGUCAUCUUCUCCAGAGACGACCAGUCAGAGAGCAGCCGCUUCUUGUUGGUUUCACAUCAUUUAAAAAGUAACAGUUUAAAAAAACACACUUUUAUGAUCAGAGAAAGUGGGGUGGAGUUUUGUUGAUUUGUCAUCAAAAAGGCUUUGGAGAGCUCUGAGGCAAGUCUUUAAAAGUCUUCUAUAGGCUAACGUGGUUUGAUUCUGAAGGUUUUGAUUCUGGGGAAAUUAAUACAAACAGUACAGUAAGCUUGAAGCUCCUCUGUCCCUCUAGGCUCUGGAAGGCGUCCAGCACGCUGCACCCCACUAUCCCUCUAGGCUCUGGAAGGCGUCCAGCAUGCUGCACCCCACUGUCCCUCUAGGCUCUGGAAGGCGUCCAGCACGCUGCACCCCACUGUCCCUCUAGGCUCUGGAAGGCGUCCAGCACGCUGCACCCCACUGUCCCUCUAGGCUCUGGAAGGCGUCCAGCACGCUGCACCCCACUGUCCCUCUAGGCUCUGGAAGGCGUCCAGCACGCUGCACCCCACUGUCCCUCUAGGCUCUGGAAGGCGUCCAGCACGCUGCACCCCACUGUCCCUCUAGGCUCUGGAAGGCGUCCAGCACGCUGCACCCCACUGAACUCAGUAAAUGAUACAUGUUUCAGACUAAGUCAUGUUUUGAGUGUUUAGGAAGGGUUCACUGCUGGCCCUGGCCUCCUUGAGGAGCUGUGGCAGGAGAGGGUGGGCAGAGCUGUUACUUCAAAGAAAUGAGCACAGGGGUCACCUGCUCAGCUGCCUCUGUCUAGAAGCUGGAGUGGGCUGGGUGUGGUGUACUCACUCACCUUGAAUUCCCAGCACUGGGAAAACAAGACAGGUGGAUCUGUGAGUUCAAGGCCUGCCAGGUCUAUAUAGUGAGUUCCAGGACAGACAGGGCUACAUAAUGUCUCAAAAAGCCAACCAGUAAACAGAGAGACAGACAGAUAGAUGAAGCUGGACUGUCUGAGCCCUCCUCCUCCUCCCUCUCCCCGCCACCCCUCUGAGGGUGUCACUAUGUUUCCUUUCAUCCCCAGGUCUGCCUCAGCUUCUGAAGUAACCAGGACAUCUAGCACACAGUGCUUCACUGCACCUCACAGCCAGAGAAUUCUGAUCUGAGUUACACUUGAAUUCAAGAUGGCUUUCCAUUUGCUUGGUUCUGUGUGAUUUUUCAAACCUGGAGAAACGAUGUACUCAUGUAAGAACUCUGAGAUUUAUUAUGGAAUGUUCAUCUCAUUAAAUGGUGGAUUCUGAAACUGUUAGAAUUGUUUAUCACUAGUGUUUUCUUCCCUAUCUGGAGCAGGCCACUGCGAGCUGAGGGACGCUAU